UUGAUUACAACCAACACGUGCAACAUAAAUAAUAUUAAUUUAAUAUUCUUUUAAGAUUUCUAACAAAAGCUAUGGAAUUGGAUAACACCAUAAAUUAUGAAAUGAUGCAGAAUGUCACCGAAAUCACCACCAAACGGCGAACCGUAGUGGGACCAUGGAAAAACAAAUCAGAAUUUCAAAAAGUAUACCAGUGGUUAUUUGGCGAAAAUUAUUCGGCAGCCACACGCCAGCAAGCUCUUGCUGAGAUACGCAUAUGGAAUUUGCGACGCAGCACUCAAUGUCCAGCAGCAGUUUUGGCCACAGCCGUCAUUAUCGAAGUACAACAAAAGGAUCAUCCCGACACAAUAUACUCAGCCGAAGAUUUACAAACAUUGUACGCCAACGCCUUUACACGUUUCUUCAAUUUCAUGUCCUCCAUAAUGCAAACGCACAAUAUGAGAACCAUGUAUCAGACGGCCAAGGAAUUGGGGCUUGAAUCAUUCGUGGUCGAUUUGCGUCACAUUUGUGCACACGGUCAAGUUCUGCCACCAUUGCAGGUGUUGCGAAAUACAGCUGAAUAUUGCAUUGGAUGGCUGCAUGACUACUAUUGGGUAACUCAGUUAAAUAGCAUGUGUGAUGUGGAUGCAACACGUAUACGGCGUAAGGACAAGACCAAUUUUGAUGACAAUGUUUCAGCUCUAUUCGAAAUUUACGAUGCCGCUCUUGAAGGCCACAUGAAGGGUGCAAUGAAUGUAAAAGCCCUUAAACGCCAUUUGCACGGCAAACGUUUUCACAUUGUUAAAGCAUACUACACGGAGAAUAACCUGACAAAUUUACAGGAAAUUUUCGAUCAUAUUGCGAAGAAGUUGCAUUCUCUGGUUAAACGUGAUGUGGCCAUUAAGGAUAUAUCUGAUAUAUAUAUUGCUGCUUUACUCAGAAUGCGAUACUUCUUUACGAUCUUUGGCAUUGAAGAUUCAGCUAAAGAGAUGGAGUCUCUUAUAACAGUUAAUCAAACAUUAUUUCGCAUGUUGGCAAUUUAUGGUUUCCUAGAUGAUUUGUUUUUGGCCUUUAUCGAGAUAGCAGAGAAUCCCAUUGCCGACACAACAAAGCGAUUGGCCUCCAGUUUCUGGGCCGUACAGAUUAUAAAUGGAUUUAAAGCUUUUCAAAAAUGCAAGCAAAUGUACAAAGCGGAAAUGGAUGAGAAUACAAAAAUUAAAGAGCCACCAUUUUCAUACUCCAAUCUCACCGAAAUAUCCGCAGCUACAAGAGAAUUGUAUAUAUACAGUGGAGUUGCCAUGAAGAGAACCUUUUUGUUUGGAGAUCAUUUUCGUCGGCCAUGGGUUUGGGUAUUUGAACGUGACUUUCUAGAGGAGCGCUUGGAAGUUAUCAAUGAAUACACCGCCCCCAUAUUAAAAAAUAUACUGCCGCUUAUAGUACCGACAUUAAAAAGUCAUGAAAUGGAAACAUUUACAAAAUUAAUCGAUUGCUUCUUCAAUGAAAAUAUUGAAGCGGAUAAGCUUCAAAAUAACAGCCCCACAGUUUACACCGUUGAUGAUUUGUUGAAACAUGUAAAAAGCAAUGACGUUUCCGCAAUGGACUUAGAUGAUGAUAAAUUGACAUAUACGUCGCAAUCGAAAACAUAUGGCUUGUGGUCUGUAGUAGAAGAUGAUGAUUGGAAGUCCAGCCCACUUGGUCGUGUUCCUUGGGAACUAUAAAAAAUAUUUGUUUUAAGUUUUAUACCAUAAGACUUUACAUUUGGUUCCACAAAAUUAUUUUUGUAAUAAUUAAAUCCUUAUGCAGACAUUCUAAAAGAAAAAAAUAAAAACAUCUUUUGUGAUGACAAA